CUGAUUCUGAUUUCACCUCUCUAAUUAUAUAUUAUUUAUUAUUUCUACACCAAUAAUAAUAAUAAUAUGUAUAGAACAUUAAGCACUUCCCGGAUCAUCUCCGACGACUUCUCCGUCAACGUCAACUUGUCGCCGGCUGCAAGGGGCUUUUCGCCCGCAAAGUCCUCCUCGGCUACCAAUGGCCUGCCUGUUCUCCACCCUCUGAUUUCCCACGCCACCAAGAAGGACAACUCCCGCCGGGCAGAGAACGCAGUUCACCUUAUCCCAUUGCUUCUGUUUCUCUGUGCUUUCAUUCUUUGGGUCUUCUCUACGCCAAUCAACUGAUGUCCGAAUUAUAUAUGUCUAGUUAAUUAUUAUUAUGUGAACAUCGUUUGGUUAUGUAUCGCUGCCCAUUUUGUUGAGUUCCACCGUUUCUGAAUGAAGACAACCCAGAAA